AUGACGAACUCAACUUCCUCCAGCCCCAAGGUCAAUGUCCUCUUCGUCUGCCUGGGGAACAUCUGUCGGUCCCCCAUGGCCGAAGGUGUCUUCCGGAACGUGGCCUCCUCGCACCCCUUAAUCAACGAGAUCGACUCCGCCGGCACGGGCGCAUACCAUGUUCUCGAGCCCCCCGACUCGCGCACCAUGUCCACCCUGCGCAAGCACGGAAUUACCGAUUACCAGCACGCCGCCCGCAAGGUGACCAAGGAGGACUUCCUGAACUUCGACUACCUGCUGGCCAUGGACAAAUACAACCUCCGCGACCUCCUGGAUACCCGCGAGUCUGUGAUCGCGUCGAUGAACAAGUCCGGUGGUGCGGCGUCGCGGGGCAGCAAGGGCACUCGGGGAGCGACCGCCGCGGCGCUUGCGGCGAGCGGGGAAGCCGGCGCCAAGGUGGCAGAAGUGCGCCUGUUUGGAGACUUCGGCGCUGGCGGCGUCUUGCAUGAUCGCGUGGGUGGGGGAGAGGUGGUGCAGGAUCCGUACUAUGGUGGGGUGAACGGGUUCGAGGAGGUGUAUCGGCAGGUGGUGCGCUUCUCGAAGGGGUUCGUGGAGUAUUUGGAGAAGGAGGCUCAGAAUUAG